UGACCUUUGACCUCCAGCAGGAAGAUGGAAGCGGACAGCUGACGACGGAGAGUCGUCUCGUCUGACGACGGACGCUGAGCUUUCUGUCUCCGACCGACCGACGGACAACAACAAGCCUGCGACAUGGACAACGACGGCGACCUGUUUCAUCCCAGCCUGGCGGCCGCGCUCCUGAAGCUCGAUCCAGAGGACGGAGAGCAGAUCCUGGAGUACUUCAGAACUCACGCGCUGCUGUCCCGAGAGAAAGCACUGCUGCAGGCGUCGGUCCGAGAUCAGAGGAAGCUGCUGGUGGAAAACGGCAAACUGAAGAAAGACAUUGAACAGCUGAGAGUUCAGCUGCACGAGAAACAAAGGAGACGCACCGCCAAGGCCUUGCUCUCGCCGGCCCCGCCUCCUCCAACUCUUAGUCCCGCCUCCGCAACGCCUGCCAGUCAACCUGCCCCGCCCACUGGAGCUGCUGUUACCACAAGUCCUCCCCCUCCCUCCUCCGCCUCAUGUGAGCGGAGAGAGAGGCAAGGCAGGAGGAGGCGAGGUGAGAGGAAAGCUCGUCCCACCUCUGACGCUCUCUCUCUGGGGGCGGAGCCUCGGCUUGACGUGUCCCGACUCGACCUGAGGGUGGGACGGGUCCUGAGCGUCCGGCGCCACCCGCUGGCCGAGACCCUGUCCGUCCAGGAAGUGGACGUGGGAGAAAACGCCCCCCGGACGGUCGUCAGCAGGCUGGGAGAGAAGAGGGACCUGGAGGAGCUCAGGGACGGACUCGCUGUGCUGCUGUGCAACGUAAAGGCCUGUAAACUGAGGGGCGUGGUCUCCCAGGCCCGCAUCCUCUGUUGCUCCGCCUCCUCCUCCUCCUCCGACGACGACGACUGCAUAGAACUACUGGCUCCGCCCACAGGCUCUGCACCCGGUGACAGAGUCACCUUCCUCAACUACCCUGGUGACGCCGACAGAGAGCUGCAGUCCAAGCAGAGGGUCUGGGAGCUUCUUCAGCCCGACCUGCAGGUGGACUGCAGGGGCGUGGCCAACUACAAAGGCUGUGGGUUCGAGGUGAAGGGCAAGGGGCUGUGCAGGGCCCCCUCCCUCGCCAACUGCAUCAUCAGAUAGACGUAGAGAAGCGACGCCGCGGCAACAGCAAAACAUCCCAUGAUGUCAAUCGCUCAGCCAGUGUAGCGAAUUGUGUAAGAUAGCAAUGUUAGCUAACACUGGAGGAAAAUCACUGAUGUUUACUGAUUAAAAAAAUACUAAAAACUACAA